UAGUUAGUGGUGUUCAGUGUUCUCAGGAUUAAUGUUUAUUAAUAUUUCAUUUGUGCGGCAUAAAUCUCGUAAAUGACUAUUGACUGACAUAAAUUAUGAGUUAGCAGUUGUAACAAGUGCAUUUGCACUUUUUGAGGCCUCAUGUGCCAUACGAGAAGACUGCUACACAAGACUGAAGACAUUGUGGAUAGUAAAGACUGAGAUCAGGUACAGGAUGGAGACGGAGGACGCUGGCAGUGGAAAGGAAGACGAGCCCGAGGUGGAGGCUGGUUCAGAGCAGGAGGACGAUGACGGUGCGGGACCCUCAACCUCCGCCGGCUCUUCUUCAAGCAACAACCGCCACCAGCGGAACAUGGCGGAGAAGAUGCGGCGAGACAAGCUCAACUUCUUCAUCAACGAGUUGUCAACUCUGGUGCCCAUCAUCAGCUUCUCGCCAAAGAAACUGGACAAGACCAGUAUCCUGCGCUUGGCCGCCACCUACAUCCGUCUACAUAAUGUGAUCUUCGGCUCGGCGCGGGGAGGCAGGGAACGCCGCUCAUCAGCAACCCCCUCGGCUGCCGUCCAGGGUCAGAUGAUGGAGUACUUGCCACAGUACCUGGCCUCCUUCAACUGGUCCGAGAACGUCCUUGAGGAGAUGGACGGCAUGCUCAUGAUUGUCAAUGGAGCCGGUCGAAUCAUCUUCAUAUCCCACACUGUGGAAAAACUGCUUGGUCACACACAGAUUGAGUUAAUGGGCCAGUCGCUGUUCAAUUUGACUUGUCUGGAAGAUUACGACGAGUUGAAACGCAACCUCGCUCCAGACGAAGAUCAAGCCAUCAGCGCUGCUACCAGUGACGCAGGCGCAGACGACAACAGUACUGACUCGGUGUACAACAGUCCGGCUCCAUGCAGUUCAACCUCCAUGCCGGGACAGGAAGACCAGCGACUGCGCCGGAGCUUCUACAUCAGACUGCGCCAGCGAGCGCAGAGCCGCAGUGACCAGCCUCAGUACGAGCUGGUGCAUGUCAUGGGGCACUUGCGCGCGCCUCCACCCGCGCAGACACGUCGAUCAGACAGUCCGCCAAAUCACAAUGACAUAAUCUUGGUGGCUGUAGUGAAGCCAUUCAGAGAGAAGAGAAUCACGACUCUGUCUCUGAUGGAGGCUUGUAGAGAAGAGUUCAUCACCAGACACACUCUGGACGGCCGCAUCAUCUACACGGAUCACCGGAUAUCUAUAGUGGCAGGUUACUUGUCUGAAGAAGUGUGUGGAGUGCCAGGUUUUCAAUACAUGCACAAAGAAGACAUGCGAUGGACUAUGGUGGGCCUGCGCCAGAUGUUUUUCCGAGGCUCAUCCUAUGGCCAGAGUUGUUAUCGACUUCAGACCAAAAAUGGUAAUUUCAUUUACCUAAAGACUUGUGGAUAUUUGGAACUGUCGGAAAAUAAUGACAGCUUCCAGUCACUCAUCUGUAUCAACUCACUCGUCACAGCUGGCGAAGGGGAGGCAUUGAUCAAGCAGAUGAAGGAACAAUACUCUCCUGUCAUCAAGAACAAGAGUGACAGGAACAUGGAGAUUCUAUCUAGCAAUAUACAGAAUACUGGAGGCGUGGAGACGUCAGGGGAGACGGAGGACAAGAAGUUAGUGGACGCAGCCAUCAACCAGAUGUUGUCUAAUGUGCCCAGCCCAGCACCUUUCAUGCACAGUCCUGCAUCCAGCAACAUAGACCCCACGGACUCUAGCUUUGUCAAGGCGACGCUGGCAGCCAAAGCGUUGCCCCCCCUGCAUGUGAUAGUCAAGAAGAUAGGCAUAGUUCCGCCCAUAAUCCGCACCCCCGCAGCAGUGGCCGCGUCACUGUCUCCCCCCUCCAGUCACCACAGUCCUCCGCCUCCUACGGCCGCCCACUCACCACCUAGACCUGUGCCUGCGCCUUCUACACAAGACAGACCCUCCGUGCUGCGAGUGGCACAUCGUCAGGGAGACCAGGUGUCGGUGAUGAAGGUGAAGAAGAUGAGGAUAGACUGGGAAGGUUCAGCCGAGGUAAUGUCAGAGCACAGCCCUGCCUCGGCCCCUGUCUCACCACGUGGUGUGUUGGUCGCUCCUGGAUGUAAGCGCAAGAGUGAAGAGUGGACGCAAGCUCCGGCCCCGUCACAGUUUCCUCUGCUUGUCCCCGCCAAGCACAGUAGUGAGGACGAGUGGUCAAUGGCUGCCUCAGCUGCGGCUCCCCCACUUCCCACCCCUACAAUCAGCCCCCCGCCGUUCCCUCUGGAAGUCAGCGAGCUCCUGAGAGACACAGACUUCCCCGACUUUCCUGACAAUGAUGAAUCGCCCCCUUCCCUCCCAACCAAUCUGGAGGAUAUUUAUGGGAUGACACUGUCAUGGCAGCCGGAGAUCCUGGAAACGUCCCACCAAACCCUGGACUCCCGGGUUCAGCUCCAGAGUGACCAGAUCCAAGAUAUCCAGCGGGACCUCACCUUGGUCCCUCCGGAGCACUCCAACACCAACCUCUACAACUCCAGGCUAUCCCAGCUACAGAUGGAGAAGCUGGCUUUCUUGCUACAGCAUGUUUACCACAAGAUGAACUCUUUCCAACAAAAACUGGAGGAACCAAUAUAAUGAUUGCCAUUCGGUGUGUGGAAGCGAAAGCUACUACCCUGUCGAAGGUGGAACACAGAAAGCAGGUGCAGAUAUUGAGGUCUCUGCAGCAAGAUCUCGGACAACAAAAUGUGGAGGUUUAACCUCUGAUUCCAUCAGCUCACCCAUACUUUUAUACCUAGUUAGUUACACAAUCAUUUGCUACUUUAUCAAUAAGUUUGUUAAUUUGUAAAUUUUUGUAUAGUUACCACUUAAUGUUAUUUGUGAUUUGCACAUAUUUUAUGUGGACUGUCUGGAGCUUUAGGUUAGUCAAGUGAAGGCAGUGACCAUAAUACUUUAUAAUUUUUUGAAUACUCUUUAUACCAAAUCAACAAAAGUAAAGGAAACAGUUCCUUUACCAAUCAUAUUUGGGUUCUAACAUGUUAUUAAAACAAAACCAUAGUAAAUAUUUUAUAAUGUUUUUGCUUUUGUCCAGGUUUUCUAAUCCAACACAAUUUGGUCUCCUUCACUGUCUUUAUUUUUAUUAAAGGAAGUCAAGUGGUUAGAUUUAUUUAUGUUAGCAUAUGUUUAGUACAUUAGUGGUUUCAAAUGUACAUAAUUUAACCUAUUCUGUUAAAAAUAAUAUUAAUUAACUUAUUAACUGAUGGGUUAAGUCAUUGCUGAAAAUUCGGUCAUUUAUUUUCCGAGUAGACUGAAAAUAAGUAAAGUGUCUUAACCAAGUCUGAAGGAUUGAGACUGGAUAGCCGAUUGCCAUAGCAUAUGUUACGUUAGCUAGGACUUGUUGAAAUAACGGCAACUUUGUAAAAUUCAGUUAUUGUGUUAGAUUAAAGCUUUAAAAUAAAUAUUUAGGCAUAAGAAUAGUAUUUUAUUGUGAAAUUUUGUUACAGCGUUGUCGUUUAUUCAGAUAUAUGAUAUUAUGUUGCUUUUUGCUAAAAAAGAUUGUUAUAAUUUAAUUUUUUAUGAACUUGUUAGGAAUUUUGUACUGUUUUAUUUUUAACGAAUUUAUUCGGUCUUGAAGUUAUGUGCAAUUUUAACUUUAUAUUUUUCCAGCUUGGUUUUUUUUCUGUUGUUUAAAUCUAUAUUAUAUGUUUUGGAAGGUUUUGUUAAGAGUCCAACUCAGAGAGACUGUGGUCCUACUUCUCACUCUGUAGUAUUCCGGUCCCGACUUUGUCACCCAACAUUGUAAUUAUUGACUAUACAGAACGUUAGUUUGCACCCUAGAUCACCUCUCAAUGGUAGUUGUAACCACUUGUAAAAAGAUGUCUUUUUAUAACUUAAAAUAAGUAUGAAUUAAACACAAUCUUAAAACAGAGAAGAUUUAAUUUAAUUAAUAUUUUUAGAAAGUUGAACCAUUUUUAACAUUUACUGGUCAAUGUUAAAUUAAAUAUGUUAAAAUUUUGUUAAGGUUUGAUUUUUUUAAUACAACAAAAUUUUUGCAAGAUUCUUUAUUGUAAUUUUUAAUUGAAAAAAAUGCUUAUUCAGUAACAACCUAAUGAACUCGAUAAUUUGUGGUCCCUGGGGUAGUCAAGUUAUCCAGAAUAUUGAAAUUUUAAUGGGUCUUCAUAAAUGAAUGCAUAACAGACUAAUUUUUACACAUGAAUUUAUUGCUUAUGAGUAUUUUUACAUAUUGAGCAAACAAUUUUCAAAGAAAUGUUGAAUAUGUAACAAUUAAAUCAAAAUUUUCUGAACACUAGUUUGUUUUGUAUGCAGCCUGUCAGCUGCAGCCUGUCGAGAUAGUGAGGUUUUACUAUAUAACAAAUAUGCAGAUUUUGUAUUCGCAAUAUAUAAAUAACAGAACUGUUCACGUGCUACAAUAUGUGUAUAUUGUAUUUUCAAAAGCUGUUGAUAGUUUGUCUUGCACUGAAAGAAUGUAUGUAAAAAAGUUAUAUAAAUAAUACAGCUGUUUUUUAUUUACAUAUUUUGGGCUCAACUUGGGGAAAUAUCUUCUAUAUAUUACUAUAGUUCGGCCGCUUAGAAAACGACCUGUACGAUAAUGCUAAACCAAUGCUAGAGGAGGUCGCUUUCUAAGCGACCGAACUAUACAAACAAUUUUUAAACUUUUGAAGUGUUACUCCUUGACAUUUACACAAAUUUUCUAAGCUCUUUUAUACAAAAUAUAAUAGGGGUUUGAUGCUAUAUUAUAUUCCAUAAUUGUAAUUUUUAAAUUUUGUUUGGUAAAAAAGUUAAAAAUUAUUUUAUUAAAUCCAAAACUACCAAUUUAUAUUUACUAAUAUUCUUAUACUUUUUAUUUUUAUUUAGAAUUUUCAUAUCUACUCCAAAGUGUAAAAUUAAAUAAUUAUACACCAAAUCUAUUAACUGUCUGGUGUUAAUGUGUCCGUUUAUGUAGACAGAAAAUAAAGAUAUUUGUUCAACCAUUUUUGCUUUGUCAAAAAUGUGUAUGUGUUAUAUUGGUGUAAAACUGGAUGUACAUAAUGGUUUAAGUUUACCCUACUUUUAUAGCACCCCCAAAUUAGUUGUGUUGAAAAAAGCAUCCAUUUUUUUAGUUGAUUGGUGUUUAACGUAAAUAAAGCGGAGAAUGUUCAACGGUACAUAAUGAUAUGUUAAAACAAUAACUUGGAAAACCUAGAGGCAGCCUACAGAUUUUACAUAAAAACCCAUUACUUUCUAUACUGAAGUAUAUAUCACAUCUAUAUGGACCAGCUGUAGCCGUGUGUAUUUUAGUCAAAGAGAAUGUUGUUGACUUGGUUAAAUAAAAAAGUUUGUGUUAAAAAAGAAAACGAAACUUAACACCUAUUUUCUUUUUUCUUUCUGAAAAUGCUACAACUUUAACACGGAAAUAGAAUGUCUAGGCCUACUUUACGGUAUUUGGUAUUUCAUAUAUAACAAAAUUCAAAGUUUAAACCUUAAAAUCUCUAUUAAAAGUUUACUUUAUAAAAAUCAGUUCUGUUGCGUUAAUUUUUUAAAUAUUGAGUCCUUUGUUUCGUCAGUUUUUAAUAAUUUAACUUUCUUUAAUGCUUACUCACUGAAAUUAACUAGAAUUUGGAAAAUUGCCAUUAAAUGAAUACUUUAAAUUUACAAACAAUCGUCCAAUCAACAAACACUUCAUCGUCCAAUUAGUACUAAUCACUUCUUUACAAUAAAAUUGUGUAUAGAGUAUUUUUUUUCUUUUUGGUGUUAAAUUAUAUAUGAGACAGAUAAAUUAAAUUCUUUAUAUCCCUGGACAAGUGAAGUAAAGGUUGCGUAGAGAAUGCUUCGAUCACUGUAUGAGCUGAUGUUUAGACGAGGGAUCGGAUAAUCGGUAGCAUCAGCUGUAUUAGCUUUCUGCUGUGCUUAAUGUACCAUCGUAGGUAGGAAUAGCUUAUUAUUAGGUUAGGUUUCUAAAAUAUUUAAAAACAGACUGUAUUAGCACUUAGUAAUUUUGUUCCCGCGGAUGUAUUUGCAUGUCAGUUAAGUUAUCUACCAACAAAAAUUUAAGGAGAUCAUUAUUAGCGAUGAUAGUUCCUUGACGGAUCUUAGUUGUAUUUACCUUACCAAAAUAUGAAAACUAAGUGACUAAUAUGCUAAUCUAGGCUAUGUUUUAUAUUCUGUAUCAUAUAUUAUACCAAUUUAGUACUUUUUACUUUUGUGCAAUGUAUCCUUUAAAGCCUGAGGGAUAAGGAUUUAAAUGAUAUUUUUUCUGUUUCACAAUAUUUCAAAUUGUACCCCCUUUUUUCAUACAAUGUUUAUGUUAUACAAAAUACUAAGCAUCAUCUCAAUGGUAAAAUUUGACAAACCGUGUAAUUGAAAAUUGAAUGAGAGAUUUAUCUCAACAAUAUUCUUAUAGAAAUGGUUGUACCAAAUUUGAAUAGCAAUGAUAUUGAAAGAUUUGAUAGGUCAGAAGUACUAGAACACUGCCCCAACCCUGUAAUCUAUGCUCAAUAAUGUGUUCAGAGGUGCUAGAUGUCAAAACACUUGUGGCUGCUACUCUACUACUCAAUUAUAUUACUUGGUCUACUUGUUAAAAAUAAUCAGUUCACUAGAAAUAUACUCCACUCAUUAAAUCCAACAGAUGGUAAAAGUAAAUGUCAGAAUUCGAAGAAUUAAAAAAUUCAAUUUGAUUUCAUCUAAAUACUUAAUUUACACUUAAAAAAUGUUUCAUUGCAAAAAAUGUGGAUUCUUUCUAGAAGCUGAACAAAUUUAUUUCAAGUUUGAAACUAAUUUUUAGGAUCAGAUUUUUUAUUUAAUUUAAAAUAUAUGCAAAACCCUUUUAUACAAAUCAAAUUAAUAAAAGACAAAAGAGUCGCAGCUGCUGGUGUCUCAUUCAGUUCCCCACACAAGUUGUCAGCAGUAGAAAUCCAUUAACUGGACUGAAGUUGUCUAACACUGUAUUUAUGGACUCAAUAUUAAUCCCAUAUUGCAUGAUGAAUAUACUGUAACAUAAACAUUUGGUAAACCACUUUCUUUGACUUGUGUUACUGAUUAUUAUAAGUAUAUAUUGUAAUGUAAGACUGAGAUCAUGAUUGUAUAUCAAUACAUAGAUGUUACAUUGUACCAUACAUUUGUGAAUACAGAAGUUUGUUGUAUUUUGUAA